UUGUUUGGUGACUAGUACACGACCUCCAAAAUAGAGAAGAUGACAGCCGCACGCGCCCGCUGUACUCAGCUGAACUUCAAAUGUCAAUAUGGCGAACACUGAAAUGCCGCAAUGCAACACUUUUGAGAGUUAUAAUUCUAGUCGAAUGAUCAGUACGUCUUUCGCAUCUCCUCUGAACUCUUUAUCUCAGCAGCUUAACAGUCCUCAUGCAGGAAGUAAACGGAAGGCGAGUGAGGAUCAAAACACAAACCCUGUACCCCACAAGAAAACAGCGCGUCUUGAAACUGUUGAACAGCAUCCCCAACGAGAACUAUUUUGCGAAAUCUGCAACGUACAGCUUAAUUCGAUCACUCAAACUUUACAGCACAGAGAGGGGAAAGCUCAUUUGAACAAACUCAAGAAGGUUGAGGAAUUUAAAACGGUUUGGCAGAAUUCCACGGAACACAACUCUACCAACAGUGUUCCACUUCACCUUCAAGUAAAUCACAAUCUUCCUCCAGCAAAACAAGCAGGAAAUGGAAAUCUACAGUGUGCAAUCUGUCAAAAAUCAUUCAACUCAGAAUCACAAGCAACACAGCAUUUUCAAAGCCCAAAACACAGACAGAAACUGAAUAGUGUAGAAGAUAGUAGAGAAGAGAUAAGUUCUGCACCAGGAGCAAAUGGAUUGCUUACACAACAAGAACUUAAUACAGAUGGAACAAGUCAUACCUAUGAUGUUCCUGGAAAUGUAGAUAGAACUUUUCCUCUGUCACCAGCGAAAACUAAAGCUAUGGAAUUAUACUGUGAGAUUUGUGGUUUAAUGAUGAACUCCAUAAUGCAAAUGAAAACUCAUCUUCAAGGAUCAAAGCACAAGAAUAAUGUUGCUAACAAGCAACCCAAAAACCAUCCUCAAAUUGAGUUGCGCUGUAUGGAUUGUACUACAACUUUUAAUUCACAAACACAGAUGAUCCAACACAUGACAAGUCCAAAGCAUAUGAACAAGGCAAAAAGGAAACAAACAAAUGGACAGUUCACUGCUUCGACAAGAGGUAGAGGACGAGGUCGAGGGUUUGAAAGAGGGAGAGGAGAAGCAUUCAGAGGGGGAUACAGCCAUAGGGGAAGGGCAACAGCCAAGCUUCCUCCACUUGCAGCAAGUUUUGUCAAGGCUGAUACUAUGAUGAGUAACCAUGGCAACCAUUUCUUCCACUCUGCACAGUCAACAAUGAACACUACACAAUUUCCUGUUGGUCCAUCUUUCCAGCAGCCAUUUACUUAGGUUAUUUUAAGAUUAGAAACGUACUUUUGCAAAUGGCAAGAAGAAAGAUUUACAAGAUGUGACAUGUCAUGUAAACAAUGGUAAGUUGGCUCUGGAAAAUAACAGCUUUGCAAGGUGCAUUUAUUUUUAAGAGGCAAAACUGAUGAUGUUUUAGCGUAGUUACAUGAGAAUGUUCAACCUUGAGUCUGUUUCCAUUUUUUUCCCCUUGUUGUAACCAUUGUCACACAAAGGUACAGGCAAAAUCUAAAGUUACAGACUUGUGCAAAAUCAUUUGAAUUUUGAACAUCGCAAAGGCUCAUCAAAGAAAAGUUAAUUCAGUUU